GAACCCCUCCACUUGACUGUAGCUCAAUAAAGAAUAGACGCGCGAAGUAUUGCCACGUGUACUCUGUUUACUCAGUGAAAUAAAUACAAAAACUAUAUCUGUAUAUCACCGAUAAUGUCUUUCAAAAGGACAUGGCAUGCUUCCUGUCCUCAAAUCUACGACGAAUGGGAGUCAGAUGGAGCAAAGUGGGUGAUCCAGGAUCUGCCUCCUGAAGAUGACGAAGAGGCCCUGAAGUUAAUGGUGGAACACUUGAUGCCUGACGAAACCAUGUGCCAGCUUAGUGGAGUAUACGAAGAUCCAGUAAGCAAACAUUUUAUGUCAGAGUUUUGGCGGGAUUGUCUAUCGCAGCGAAUGAGCCUAGCAUGUUACCAAAUAAAAGAAGGGAACAGGAUUUUGGCAGCUAUGAACUGCUGCUUUGUUAGUUUUGCUGACGAGAAGAAGGAGAUACCCGAGGGCGACGGAGAAGCGUGGCUUAACGUUUAUAAAACAAUAGAAUACUUCGAUUCUAAGCUGGACGCUUUCAAAUAUUUGGAAACUGAUAAACUACUGUAUGCCGUCGGCUUGGUGGUCAGAAGGGACUUUAGAGGUGCUAAACUUGGAGCGAGGGUAUUGGCUGCUCGUGAACCUCUGUGCAAGUCCCAAGGCAUCCCAUCUACUUCAACACUGUUCACUGGAGUUGCAUCACAGAAGUGCGCGCUCCGAGCGGGCUUCACUGAAGUCCUGAGCAUCACCUUGAGGGAGCUAGCCGACGCCGGUCUCAAGUACCCGAGAGACGAUCGAUGCAUUAAACUCAUGGUUAAGAAAUAUACACUUUGAUGUGUUAAAAAAAAUUGUCGACUGUCCAUUUGAAGCCCAGGCCACACCGCGAACAAAGCUAAGCUAAGUUAGCUCAAAUACGUAGUAUGCCACUGCAUACUACGUAUGCAGAGGCAUACUACGUACGUGACAUGCUACACUAUGGAUACGUGCGGGGUUGAAGGGCGGCAGAAGGGCGACAUAUUUUACAUAUCUUAGCGGGAUCGUUGGGUUAGGCUUGAUUCAUAUCGCCGAGACGCAACGCAACGCGACGCGACGCUGCGUUAAAGCGUGCAGUGCAACAUUAACUUUAUCCUCUACAAAAUAAGGCAACAUUUCAUUUAACAAAAAAAUAUAAACGAGCUGCAGCCAGCGGCGGUGGGCUGCAGCGAGCUGCGGUAGGCGCACUUUAUAAAAUGCAAUAUACUAUAGAACAGGGGUUCCCAAACUUAUUUUGUCUACUGCCCACUUUGAGAAUAAAUUAUUUUUUAGCGCCCCCAUUUUUUCACC